AUGAGUCUACAUUUGUCAUCAUUUAUUAACCCUGUGGGAGCUGUUACUGUAGAUUCAUUCAAAUCAGCCAUUGUGAGCUUGGAUUCAUGUCCUCAGGUGAAGAUUGUGGGAGUUGGAGAUUCAGACAGAUUGACCAUCCUCAGAGGAUGUCCUGGUACUCCUGGAUCAACUGGACAGAAAGGAGAUCCAGGAUCCCCAGGAGAGAAGGGUGAGUUUGGAUCUGCAGGUGACCCUGGGAAAGCUGGACCACCAGGACAGAAAGGUGAAGCUGGUGCAAGAGGAACCCAAGGAGAAAAAGGAGAACCUGGAAAAUCUGAUUCAAUAUAUGUUGCAAGGAACUGUAAGGAGCUGCUGGAUCAGGGGAUGGUUCUAAGUGACUGGUACACAAUCUACCCAGAUGGAGAACAACCACUGAAGGUCCUGUGUGAUCUGCACACGGAUGGAGGAGGGUGGAUUGUUUUCCAGAGACGAUGGGACGGCUCAGUGGAUUUCUUUUGUGACUGGAAAUCUUACAAGAUUGGUUUUGGUAGCCGUCUGAAUGAGUUCUGGCUGGGGAAUGAUAAUAUCCACAAGAUAACUUCAUCAGGAACCUGGGAACUGCGUAUUGAUCUUCAGGCCUUUGACGGCACACAACAUUUAGCCAAAUACGCAUCUUUCAAAAUCCUAGGAGAAGAUGAAAAGUACAAGUUAUUGCUUGGGGCCUUCACAGGUGGUAAUGCAGGAGAUUCAUUUGAACAUCACAAAAACACAGUAUUCAGCACCAAGGACCAGGAUAAUGAUAACCAUAACACCAACUGUGCUGAUCGAUUCAAGGGUGGCUGGUGGUACAACAGUUGUCACAAUGCAAACCUGAAUGGACUGUAUCUGCAAGGACAACACAGUAGCACUGCUGUUGGCAUAAAUUGGUACCAUGGUAAAGGGCACAAUUACUCUUACAAGCAGUCUGAAAUGAAGAUAAGGCCUGUGUAA